AUGAGUGGCGACUUGCAGUCAUGGGCGCUACCACGCCUGGGCCGUUUGUUGCCUCUGGACGACGACUCCCUCCGGGAAGUGCUCACCUACUCGGCGACGCUGUCCAAGGACUCGGCCGCCGAGCACCUGAAAAACCUGCUGGGUGACUCGCCGCAGGCGCUGGAGUUUAUCUCAUCGUUCAACGCACGACGGGGCACCAUCGCACCGUCCUCAGGUGGCGGCGCGGCAGAGGCACUGGGCGUGCCCAAACCACAGAAGAAAGGACUCAAAAAAGUCAAGCCUCCGCUCCAUGCUGCAGGCCCCGUACGUCGUCCCGAAGGAUAUGGAGACGUCGCAGGCGGUUAUACAAAGCACUACGACAGCGACCCAGAUUUCGGCGUGGCUCACAGUCGACCAGUGUCGAGAGACGGAAAUGCUCCCCCUCCCAAGCCCUCGAUGCCGGAUGCUCUUCAAGUGCCCCGAACUACGGCGGGUGGGCGGAGUCCCGGUUCCUCUGCUGCCUCGCGAGACACCUCGCCAGGGAGAAACCCUCAGAAGCUUCCUCCAUCGGCAUCAGGGAAUUUGAUAUCGGACUUUGGGUUUGCCAAUGUUCGGUCGAAACAAUCCAAGAAGCCCGCACACGCCAGUCACUCCCAACCCCAGUCUGGCAUUUCUACUCCGCAGAGGGGUGGUAAUACGACAACCACCUCGAGCGUUGCGGACCUCACUGCCGCAAUUGCGGCACUGGAGCUGUCUACAAAUCCAACCUUGUCAACGCAGAGGAGAAAAUGUCCUUGUAAUGCCUCGAUACACCCACUUUUCACGACAGCACCCAACUGUCUGAAUUGUGGCAAGAUCAUCUGCGCCCUCGAGGGACUUCAGCCUUGCUCGUUCUGUGACUCGCCGAUAUUAACAAAAGAGCAGGUUAAUGCUAUGAUCAAGGCACUGAAAGAAGAACGAGGCAUUGAGAAGAUGGCUGUCCACAAUGCCGGACAGUCCCUGUCAGGCCGAGGCACGCCCAUUUUUGGCGCAUCAACUCCGGAGAGUGGCUCAGGCGACGAAGCCUCCUCUGCCGCAGCACGCGCACGAGCGCACAGAGAUAAAUUACUGGCAUUCCAGCGAGAGAAUGCCCAACGGACACGUGUCCAUGACGAGGCUGCUGAUUACGAUGCGACUCUCGCCCCGGGGACCACACAAUGGAUGACCCCCGUGCAGCGAGCUGCCGCGCUGAAAAAGCAGCAGAAGUACCUUCGAGAACUCGAGGAAGCAAACCGACCAGAGUGGGAGAAGCAAAGGACAGUCAUGAGCAUGAGUAUCAAGAACGGGAAACUGGUGAAGACGUUUGAGCGGGAAAAAGCGCCUGCUCUUGCACACGAGAAAGAGAAAGAGAACCGUGCUGGGGCCGAGAUGGAGGAUGGCGGAGCUGAAGACCAACACCUGUCUUUGGGCGAGACUGGCCGGAAAGGAGCUUUCAGCAACAACCCUCUCCUUGCAAGUGGAAAACUCAUCCGGCCAGUCUGGAAGGCCCCAGAUGGCAGCACCACGGACAAAGGGAAGGGACGUGAGACAGCAAGGAAGAGUGUCUGGAGGAGAGUACAGGACGACAAUGAGGACAACGAGCAAUGGAUCUUGGACGGAGGACUGCACGGCUACGGGACUGAGACUAGGUCGAUGGAGGAUCAUCAAGAGGGCGGCGGCUGA